UGCUGUCCCGCGCGCUGCAACCUCCGCCCGAGAACGGGUCGGCGCCGGCGCCCUUCGGCGGCGAGCGGGAGGCCCCGCGCCGCCACAACUACACCACGUGCUGCGCGCAGCGCAACGUGUCGCAGAGCUGCUUCGGCUUCUGCGACAUCCAGAGCAUCCUGGACGGCAACACCGGCACCGACCCCGAGCGCUGCGAGGCCGACUUCCCGGCCAUCGUCGCCUGCAUGGCCGACGGGCGCAACCACGUGCCGUGCUGCGCCAAGCAGCGCGUGCCGGAUAUCUGCCAGGACGUGUGCCGCGGCGAGUACACCGUCAUCACCGACAACAUCAAGACGCACUUCUCCUGCGCCGCCUACACCGAGCCCACGCUGGCCUGCAUCGCCCAGGGCGUCGGUGCGUGGAGGCCCGGCGGCAGGCGGCUCGCGCGCAACCUCACACACCUGUCGGGGGAAU